AUGCAUCAACAACAAAAAGUACAUCUACCAAUUACAAAAGCUACCACCACCGACACUACACCUCCGCAAUCACCAAUUCGUGAAGUGGCUUUCGAUCCACAUAUUGGCCAAGAAGGCAUAACUUUUUCCGCAGAAUUUGACAUUGCGCUCCCGACCGACCGAAAAUGUCAUCUAGAAUUAGCGUUCGGACAUCAGAAAGUGUUAUCGCAGCAAUUUGCAUCGCUCACUGAUACUAAGCAUCGUCUUACGACCAUGGUGCCACCAUUCGUCUGUACUAAAAGUAUUGUGAAGCGUGUGCCGUUGUACGUGUAUAUUUUGGACGAUAAGGAUCAGAUUUAUGAUGUUUGGCAUUUUGGUAAUUUCACGUAUCAAUUUCGAGAUCAAUUACCGAGCACUCCAAGAAAAAGCAAAUCUACGAAAGUUCAUUAUGCUCAACAAGAAAUUUUAGAUGAAUCCAGCGUCACACCAAAUUUCACAACAACAUCAUCAUCAUCUCGAAAGCCCAAUCUUGCUCGUCCUUUGUUAUAUCAUCAUUCACCUAAAGGUUAUGUCAGCGUUGCUGCUCCUUCGGAUUCCUCACCGGCUUUAACUCCUCCCACAAAAACUCAACAAUUGCUCUCGUCAAAUUCUCCUCAUGAACGCUUGAAUAUAGAAUCGUCGCAUGAAUUUCCAUUUUCGACCCAUUUUACCGAUCAAGCACAAUUUAACUCUGAAGAGCAUAACUCGAAAUACGAGAUUCCGACAGAAGUCACACCCGUAGUUGGACCAUCUUAUACAACUACCUCACAAUGGCCAUUUUUUCCCUACAUGCCAUUACAGAUGCCAUGGGCAUUACGUCCAUCAACGACACUCAAAGAUCCCCCGGUAGUCCCUUCAUCAACACCACCAGCAGACUCUUCUAUCGAUGCGGCGAUGGCGUUACCCGACAAAAAAUCCAUAGUAGAAAUGCUACGAAACACAAAACUGGCCAUUCAAGGAGAUCUCAACACAAUGGCACGAAACUGGACCGAAUACGAAAUGACAAAUUGCCGACGGCUAGUUCAGUUCCGGCGUCGUCAAGAAAAUAAUAUUAUCCACGUGUCUUUCGCGGCCUUAAAUCAUGAAGAUCGUACGCCAAACGCGAUUAUCGUUUCGUGUAUUUGGUGGAAAGCCAAAAACGAGUAUUACAUCACUUCGGUUGAUUGUGUUUCACUUUUGGAAGCGUUGCUUGCGAUGCGUUUCACUGUCGAGGAGAAGAACCGGAUCCGUCGAAAUUUAGAAGGGUUUAAGCCGUUGACUGCUGGGAAAAACUCGAAGGAUAGUGAUGAUUUGUUUCGAUUGAUUAUGGGAUUCUCAAAUCCGAAACCGAGAAAUAUCGAAAAGAAUGUCAAGGUGUUUCCGUGGAAACAUUUGGCCAAUGCACUUCAUAAAAUU